AUGCCCUGGCGGCCGCUGCCUCUUUCCUAUGCGGUAGCCAUAUAUCCUUUCCAACCUUCAGCCGCCUCCCCAGCGGAGUUACCUCUCCAGAUUGGUGAUCAGUUGUAUGUAAUCGAACAGGGGGGCAGAGAUGGCGCAUGGUGUCGUGGUUAUCUUGUCGCGCCGCCCACCUUGCUCUCUGCAUUGAGCCCUGAUACUAGGACGCCAGCCGAUGCGCGCGUGUUCUCCGGUAUCUUUCCUAGAUGUUGUAUCGAGGUCCGAGAGCAACUCGGUCAAGAUGUCACUUUGCUUGCUCAACCAGGGCAGUCCAAGCCCUCAGCUCCGGUUCCCAUGUUGAAGAUUGGCGACGAAUCGCCAAACUCAUCGGCAGAACCUUUGGUGGAUGAAAUUGCCUCUUGUCUUCGAGAAUGGUACAUUCUUCAUCUGCCCGAUCUGGUGUUACGUCGAGACUACCGCGUACUCGAUGAAAUGUCGGAAAUCUCAAAACGACUCGACUAUGCCAGACGCGAGUUGCUGAACGACGUUCUCACCAAGCAGGAAAGGAUGCGAGUUCGAGACAAGGCAGUGUGGGAUUUGGUCCACGGAAACAAGAUGUUGAGUGGUGAAGUCAUUGUCCGCGACACAACAAAGCAGGGAAGACUUCUGACUUCGGAAGAUUUGGCCAUCGAUAUGGCCAAGCUACAGGCGAUCAUGAGCGUCUUGGAUGCACCACCCUCCGAGAAAUCUAAGGCCACGUCCCUGCACCACUGUCUUGUGGAGGUCAAAUCAGUGAUAGGGGUGGACUUGCAAACGACGACACUCAGUUUGACAGCGUAUGAGAAGACCGCCGAAGGCAACCUCACCCCUUUCUCCGAAACGUACAGCUCGAUGGCCUCGGCCAACAUGAAGACACUUCUCUCAGAUCUUAGCACCAGAGACGUUGCGGACAAUGGCCGUUUAUUCCUCGUCGUCAAGGUUGUCGUUCCGGAGCCUCCCCGAAAACCCAAACGACGCGUUCCGGAACGCCAACCGUCAAGAAGCGGAACAUUGCUCGGCCAAAGACAAUUGUCCUUAAGCCGAAGACGGUCGAGUCUGAUGUUUGGAAAACGUAAAGGUGCAGACAGAUCACAGUCUGGGCAGAACGACCGGAUAACUCCAUCAUUACAAGACAGGGCAUCUACUCCAUCUAUUAUCGAAGAAGAUGAGGAGGAGGAGGUGGAUGAGGGCAAAGUCUUAGGACCUCCCGUUCCUCGGACAAUAGGGAUCGGGGUACUAGACGUGGACACCAUUGUAAGGGAGGGUCAGUCGUGCGAGGAAAAUGUCACCAUAUGGUCGGUAUCGCAACGAGAGGAAGAAAAGCAGCACCAUCCCGAUACCAAGCUAGCACAGCUGUUGGAUAGUGCUGGCAAAGCCAUCGUGGUUUCCAGCCAGCUCUCGAACGUGACUCUCGGCCUCUCGCCUUUUACCGCACCAGACGCAGAUACACUUAUCAAGAACAAUCCCACCUCCAUGCAUCUGGUCACCAAAACACAGAAGAUGGGGUUCUCAGAGGCUCCGUCCAAACCAAGGUCUGACAUUUAUCUGAGGUUGAACAGGGCAACAGUACCCCAAGGAGCUCACUUAUCGCAUCCCGAUGUGGGCGCGGUGCCCAUCAGCGCUCAUUCGCUGCAAAACCUGCAAUUAACCAUGGAGGUGCGAGAAGCUGCCGGACGAAGAGUCGAACAUUGUAUUUAUCCGUCAUCCAAUGCUACCGGGGUAACCGCCUUUCGAACAAACGCUGCGGAACUUGGAACCGCUUGGGAUCAGACGUUGUGCCUUCGCAUACCGGCUGAAAAGGUGCCCGGGAGUCAUCUUGUGUUGAGCAUAGCCGAUGCUCCUGAAUUCCCCUUUGCUCUGGCCUGGAUGCCUCUCUGGGACAAGCAAGCGUUCAUUGCGGACGGCAAACACUCCCUCAUCCUACAUGCUUAUGACAAAGUCACCUCCAGUAUCGACCAUGGACGUGGAGCAUAUUUGUCUUUACCCUGGAACAACUCCAAUUACAGGAUCGCGCAUGAAGGCACCAUGGCCGAAAUUGCCUCGUUGGAGGUCGAGACGUUGCUCUGCAGCACCGAAUUCUCCCAAGACCGAACGCUGGUCAGUCUAACAGGUUGGAAACACCAGAAAUCGGUGCAGUUGCUGGACAUAUUGCAGCAGCUGACGUUCGUCCCCGAAAUCGAGGUCGUCAAGCAGCUCAACGACGUCCUUAAUGCACUCUUCGGCAUUCUUGUGCAUAAGUCAGGCGAGUCCAAGUUUGAGGAUUUGAUUUUCAAUGACCUUGUUUGGGUUCUGGGCAUUGUGCAUGAUAGGCGGUAUAAUUUGGGACCUUUGGUGGAACAAUAUACCGAGAGUCACUUCCGCUCACCAUGGGCAGCCUCUUGUCUGAUCCGCAGUUUCACUCGACUGUUGCAAAGCGUUUCAGAUCCCCAGAGUGCUCGGGACAUGAGGGCCUUGUUCAAGGUGGGGAGAGCCUUCAUGAAAAUCGUCAUCGCAUCAUACCAGCAGCGGCGGUUUGGUUCUCAGGCGAGAGGAAGCGAUGACAAGUAUUCCAGCUUCAAGGAAGAUCUGCAAGCCAUCUUUUUUGGAUUGCAGAUGAUGAUGCGAAGUGAGACGGCUGCUUUGGUCGGCAGCAAGACUCUUCUUGUGCAGAACUUCCAUACUUGGCUUCCUGAAUUGUUGCCGGCAUUCAGCAAAGAGGAGGUUAUCGGCAUUGCUGUGGAAUUCAUGGACUCUUGUGAAGACGCCACGGGAAAAUUGGUUCUGUACCGGAUACUGUUGAUUCUGCAUUACACCCAGCUGGACACCAUCUGGGUCGAUGACAAAGACAGGAAAAUCCUCCUCAAGAGUUGUAUCAGGUGGCUGGCGCCGUAUUGGGUUCAGAAUGAUCGGACGGAACACUGGCACGAGCAGAUCAGACUCUGCUGUUCGGUCGUGGCGGAGCUGAUACGCUUUACAACUCUCUCGCUUCACGACUUCAUGCCCAAACUCAUCUCUGCGUACAGCACUAUCGCCUGCGAGCCUGUCACCAGACAUCGUUCAAUGUCGCUCCUAUUCCCAGACUCGUAUCCCUUCUCCUCCAAAGCCGCCGACAGCAACGACCAUUUCGAUGAAACGCUGCUCGAGCUGUCCGCGCUGAUCUCGACCAUCGCCAAGACGAAGACGCCGUUGAGCAUCAAGCUGAAAGGGCGAGAUCUCUCGGACUACGUUGUCUCAGCUCUCGGCGUUUUACGCUCCCUGCUGCAAAACCAGGCAUAUCCCUCGACAUGGCUCAGUCUGCACAUCUACCACCACUCCUCGGCCCUGGCGGUUUUGGAACACCUGUUCUCCCUGCUUGCCUCGGCGUGCCUCCCCAGCCCGGAGGACGCCGAAACGUUCGACAUGCAACUGUGGAAGUCUUUCCUCGAUACGAUUCUCACUCUCGUCUCCUCACCCGCGCUGACACUGGAAGUGUUUUCGGAACAAAAGCGUCGAGCGGUUUGGAAGAUUGCGGGCGACGUGCGUCAAGCUGGGGCCGACCUUCUGCGCAGGGCGUGGGAGAUUCUCGGCUGGGAAGCCUCGGCGGACGACUUGCGCAGGUACAACAUCCACCGUCUAGGCGGGUACCAAGUUCAGUACGUCCCGAGCCUGGUGGCCCCGACCAUCAGCCUCUGUCUCAGCAUGCACGAGGGCCUGCGCAAGGUAGCCGUCGAGAUUCUGCAGACCAUGAUCGUCAGCGAGUGGGCACUGAGCGAGGAUCUCGAACUCAUCGAGACGGAAAUCAUCGGCUCGCUCAACUCGGUCCUCAAGGCACAGACAGUGACCGCCAACGAAGCCGUCAGCCGCAAGCUCUUCAUCGCCGAACUGCUUGACCUGUUCGCAACCAUCGCCAACCAGCCGGAUGAUGCGCUGUGGACGGCCCUUGAGGAGCUCGUGGGCACGGUGGAGGAAUUGGUCGACUUGCUCACCUCCUCGGGUGAUCCCGAUGAUGAUCUACUGCAGGCCAGUCCGACCACCCCGUCCCAUCGCAAUGGCCAUGCGAAUAAUGGCGACGGUGGCCAACAGCGAGGGGCAAGGGACACGGACGCGCACUCCCAGACCUCGGAGGCCAAGGAGCUCGCCCGGGCCCGCCGCUCCAUCGACGGACUCAGCCCCUCCUCCCACCAGCACGGCCGCGACCGAGAGUACGGCGUGCACGCGCUGGAAUGCUACAAACAGCUCGCGGAAGAGUACGAGCGCAACGGCGACUACAAGCGCUUGGCCAAGACGCAUCGCGCGAUUGCGAGGAUUCACGAGGCCAGGGCGGUGGCAAGAGGGUUUGCUAAUAAUAGGGAGCUCAAUGGCCGCGAAGGCGAAGAUGACGAUUAA